AUGGGAAAAUACCAAGUCGCGUCGGCCACCCAGCCCGCAUUUCCAAAGACCAAGACGGAGAGGACCAUCCAAGUCGUGGGUCAUCUCUACGUGCUAUUCACUGCCGCAUGCUCGGCGCUAUUCUUGGCCAUCCUAGCGCCCAACAUCUCGAACGACCACUGGUGGCGCCAAUUCAACGUGAGCAGGACCCAAACUUUCUUGGGAGACCUCUACAACUCGAAACUGACCGCUGGUGUCCAUGGCCCGAUCGAUCUGUUUGCGCCUAGCAGCGCCAUGUUCAAGGAAUACCCGACGACGUCGAAACUGGACAUGCGUCGGUCGACCGCGCGGGCGUUGCUGCUGGCGGAUCUUCCCCUUGACCAAGCGAUUCGCAUCAUCCGGUCCAUGGAUUUCUUCGAAAACAUGCGCACGAUGCCGCCGCCGUGUUGGGCCGACUUGAAUCGGUCGCUCGAAGUGGCCCACACGGCGCGCCAUCAAGUCAUUUGCUACGAACGACGUGUCGCAAACGCCGCCGUGUACAUGGAGACCGUCUUCCGCAACGUCCUGGCGGCCGACCUCACGUCGUCGACGUAUUACCCGCAAGUGGCCGCAACGAUCUUUGACGGUGCUGCGUUGACCGAGCACGGGGCCACGUGGGUCGCCAGCAUCAUCAACCACACAUGGGUCCCCGUCGACGACGAAGUCGCUGUGUGGAAGCGAUUUGGCAUCGCGACGUUCAAAAACACGCUGCAAAAUCUAUACCAAGAGGGGGUCCAGGAGUUCGUGACAAUCGUAAACGCUCUCGGGAUGCGGCAAAACAUCACAGUCUCGAGCAUCCCGUACGUGAGUCGACCGAAGGGGGCAUGGACCACAGCGUACGCAUUCGGUGGCAUCUGGAACGACCUGGACGCAAGUUCUGCGUAUGCGUCGAGCCUUGUCCGGUCUGCUCCGAAUGCGUUCGAAGCGAUGGGACACGAUUGGGAUGCGUAUUACUGCGGGGCUGCCGGCACGGUGGCCACCGCCAUCCUUCGGUCCCAUCUCGGCCCCAUGACUGUGAUCGACAUCUUCAUGAUCGACCGACCCGCGUCGCUCUUGGCCUUCUUUGACGCUUUCAAGGCAUCGCUCUACAAGGCGCUGCUGGCGCAGAACCCUCAAAUGUACUUGGCCUUGCCAGAGCCCGUCCUGGAAGUGAUGCCGCGUCGGUGGAAGAGCCCCGGUGCCGUGUACUACGGAGGCAAUCCCAUGUGCUGCUAUGGUAACCCGAUGCCGUACGUCCAGCCGUCAUUUGGUUACUACGACGACUGCGGCACUCAGGAUCGCCACGAGAUCGCCAUGACCCGAGACUCUGUCCUGUUUGCGAUGCUGGCCACGUCGAUCGCGGCCCAAGACGACGUCGCGUCCGUGUGCGACCUCAUCACCAGUGCCACCGCCAUCAUGGCGUGCAUGCGCACCAUCAUGGCCGCCAAUAGCGUCCUCUCGGCGCUGCUUCCAGCUGCAUCCAACGCAGUUUCCACGCUAUCUCCGCUGCUGACUCGAGCCAUUCGAGACAUUAUACCGCUCAACAUUAGCUUUGUCCAGUGGGCGACCGUCCACGGAGUCGACCAAGUGCUGCAUCAGCCCAUGGUGGCGCCGUCCCUCCAAGCAGAUCCGUGGUCGUUCUUUGGCUGGAUGGCGAUGUUCGAAUGGGCCAACGGCCAGCGCGAGGUGUACUCGUUCGAAGGCGAUCUCGACACAUACGUGCUCAUGACGCGGCUAGACAAGUUCGUCGAGAUGGCUGCGAGCGCCGCCGAAUUGCCGCAACACGCUUGCGCGUACUUGUGGGUGGUGUGCAUCUAUGUGACGUUUGUGAUUGUGUUGGUGCUCGUGCUCGUGCUUGCGUACAGUGCCUUUGUUGGCUUUCACGUGGACGGGCGGAACCUGUUUCACGCGAAUCGGCUCGUCGGAGGUUCCUGGAUCGGCCGCCCGUUCCUCUUUCUUCGCGGCAUGACCGCGAUGGUCGUGUUGAGCACAUCCAACGUCGAAUUUGCCGUUCGCGAUGGGUAUUCCCGCAUGAGCGACCCGUCCCGGCCGGUGUGGCAUACGCUCGUCUUGGCGGGGGAGGUGACGUGGAUUACUUAUGCGAUCAACGACAUCUUUCUGCCGCUCACGCAUUCGACAUCGACCGCGUACUCUCGACUGAGCAGCAUCUUGACGUUUGUGGUCGUAGCCGGCAUGGACUUGACGAUGCCGUACAAGGCGGAAGCAGUCAUCUCGCGGGAAUGCACCAUCUUGUCGUUCACGAGAGGGCUGCAGUGCUAUGGCGGCGAAGUCCACAUUGGGUCGAUGCGGUACACUGGACUGUACCUCGUUGUGGUCGUAGGCUGCGUCGUCGGUUCGUUUGCCAUGACGUGGGCCGCCAUGUCCGCAGCGCCGCAGCUCCGGCACAAACACAAGCUGCCACCCAACAUUGUUCUCACAAGCUCGUCGGACGAGUUCCUGUACGGCCAACGCAACGGAACGUCGACGCUGGACGUGGCCGCGUGCGUGCUGUCCGGGAUGCUACCGCUCGGGAAGUCCCUGUUUGACGUCAAGAAUUGGGUGGUGUUUCACGCCAACCAGGUCGAGCCGUUCGUGUAUUCGCUGCCUGUUGCGACGUUUACUCUCAGGCCGGUGCAUCGGCCAAAGUCGACCGCGCCUGCCAAGCCAACGUCCGCGACCCGCAUGCGCGUCGUGGGGUGUCUAGGGCUCGUGUACAUGGUUGGCGCCGUCGUCCUGAGCUUCUUGUUCUUGGCUGUUUCGCGCAGCACGCUCGUCAACGAUUUCGUCUGGGUUGGGUUUCACGAAGCCAACGUCCAGGCGUUCUUGUCCAACUGGUUCAACCUGUACCUCCAGAUGGCGCAUCCGACGUUCGAUGCCCGCGUCGACUCGGGUCGGUACGGCGACUACGCAACAACGACAAACCAGACCACAGCGACCGUCUUGAGCUCGGUCUUGUACAGCAACUCGAUUCAAAACGACGUCAACACGCUGUCCGAAGUCGUCCGCGGCCUCCGCGCCAUGGACAGCUGCAUGCUGCCGUGGAUAGCCACGGCGUACUGCUUUGCCGACCUCGGGCGACAGUACGAGAUGGCGCACACCACGACGCGCCAAGCGCGGUGCCACCGACACGAAACGACCAACGGCGCCGUGUACUGGGAAGCGGUGUUUGGGAAUGCCAACUGGGCAACGUUGCGGGGGUGCUGGGGCGGUGCGCUCGACACGGCCGUGCUUUCAAGUGUCCGCGCGACGAACGACGGGUCGGCAUGGGCCGACUCGAUUCAAACGAACCGACGGUCCGACGCGAACGAGGUCGCAAUGUGGCACGCGAGUGGCAUCACUCGAUUCCGAACCCAGUGGCAAAACUACAAACACCUGGGCGUGACCGAGUCGUUUGUGGUGUCGAAUGCCCUCGGGCUGCGGUACCCCCUGACGCUAAAGAAAUCCAACAGCUCGUUCCACGUGUCGGCGGCGACGGCGUUCAAAAUGUACUGGGCGUUUGCCAACGACUUGACCGCAGUGAUGGGUAACGACAGUUUGAUCAUGGGCGGGAAGAGUCUGGUGCGUGGAAGCGCCACGUAUGCAUUCGUGAACGGCACGAUUCAGUCGGCGAUGGCCGACACGCCGUCGAUCGUCGCGAUGCCGCUCGAUCCGGCCUACGCGCUCUUCACGGCGGCCAUGGGGCCGUUUGGCACGGUCGACAUGCAGCGUGUGCAUCGCCCGCUCGAGCUCAAACGGUUGUACCAGACGCUGCACCAGGACAUUCUCGGCAAACUCAGCGGCAGCGACGUGUGGCAGCGUGCGUUUUGGGACAUUUACGUGCGCAUCUUCUUGACGCCGCAGCCCCACGCAUGGGACAACAUGCAGCUGUGGGCCGGCGACAUCAACUGCGGGCUCAACUACGGCGGGUGGAGCUCGAUUCCGCUUCAGUUUUUCAGCACGAAUGGCAUUUGUGCCAACUACUACACGGAUUUCGUGUCGGUGUGCAGUCAGAACCUCCUGAUGGCGCUCGUCGCGGCGGGCCAAACCCAAGUAAACGCCACCACGUGGGCAGCGCUGGCCGGUCGAGACGUCGCCCACCAAACGAGCAUUCUCCACGCCUUGAACGACACAACGUCGUUCGCAGCCCGCUUCUUCACCGACGACGAAUUGACCAGGUACCGCGACGUCGUACAACAAGCCAAGGUCGUUGUCCGGGACACCAUCGAGGUCGAGUUGCUCCAGUACUACCGCCAAGACGACGUGUCCCCGUUGAAGCUGUCUCGAGUGAAUUUGUUUGACGCGGCGGAAGCCGACUUUGAAGUGUACUCGUGGCUGUACUUGUUCGAGUGGGUCGAAGGAAAGCGCGAAGUCGUGACGUUCCAAGGGGACGUGGACCAGAUCACGACCGUCUCGACCGUCCAGCACUACUUUGAACGGCCCGUCGACGCCCAAGAAGUGCCCGUGAACGUAUCGCUGUAUUUUCUCGCGCUGAUCCAGUACAUCACGGUCGUGUUGUGCGGCGUCGGGUGCGUUGUGUGUGUGUACAUUGUGUUCAAUCGAGGGUAUGUCGAAGGCAUCAACAUGACGAGCUUUUCCCUCGUUGCGGGCCACGUCUGGAUCGGCCGCCCGCUGAUGCUUGUCCGCGGCCUCACUGCCAUUUGCUUUCUCUCGACCGCCAAACUCAACCUCGUGCGGCCCCACCUCGGCCUCGUGUCGUUUUUCGACUCGCCCGACCGGUCCUGGUUCAUGACGCUGCUGUCGUCGGGCGAAAUGGCAUGGCUCAUCAACGUCAUCCAUGACACGUGCUCCGUGCUGACGAAAGAGUACACGGCGGACUGCUUCUCCCAGAGCGCGUUGAUCGUGUGUGUGUCGGCCGCGAUCUGGAGUUUUGCGGCGCCGACUCGGCACUCGGUCACGGUUUCCCGCGACUGCCACGUCGUGUCGGUGGAUUUCGAAGUCGAGUGUGUCAGCGGCGUCGUUGCGAUCGGCGACUUUACACGCUUCUGCGGCUUGAUUGGACUCGCGCUAGGCGGUUGUUUCACGUCGUACGUGAUGGAGCGGUGGCGGCAUGCGACGCCGCCGCCGUCGCUGCCGUGGCUCUCGUCCUUCUUGUACUCGGCCGCCAAGCACAAGUUUGAGCGGACGAUCCAAAGGGACUGGGAGUACCAAGGCGUGUUUUACCUCGACAAGGCGUCGGCCACCCUCACGGGCGUCCUCUCGUUCGAGCUGGGACGGUCCUUGUACAUUUUAGACAUCAAGACGUGGCGCAUCUACGCGAUCGCCGCCGACGAAAUGCUCGGGCAAGGCGACGCAUUGCCCGUCCACUUGAAAGGGGCGAUUCCCCUCGUGGAAUAA